AUGAUCGACAACUGGGCUGGCGAUGCAGACAAGGGAACAAUGGGUGCUUGGAGUAACAUAAUCCUCUUGAUGGAUGUUGCUAUUAUCGCCUUUUCCCAGCCCUUUUCAAGCGUCUGGCGUCGAAUUUUCAAUCCGAGGAAGCAGCAGACGCUAAAUGGAAAGCCCGACAUGCUGAGCGAGUAG